ACAUCUUGCUAUUCUCUAGCACGUUCUUUUUUUUCUAUUUUAAGCGAAAAUGCUCUGCCGUCUGGAAAGUGGAGAUCAUAUUCCAUCAAAGCAAUAAAUGUCCGACGAGCCACCGAAAAAACACAGUACCCACCAUCCUCCGCCGCCGCCGUCGCUUUCUUCACUGCCCCAAGAAAUCGUAUUGAGAUGCUUGGCCUUUGUCCCAAGAAGCUAUCGCCUAAGCCUCUCUUGGGUCUCAAAAGAACUAAGAUCCCUCCUUCGCUCGCCUGAGCUCAACGGCUUGCGACCCGACAAGAACUCCCUAUAUGUAUGUUUCCAAAACAAACACAACGAUCCGACCACCGUCCACUGGUUUACUCUUCGUCCCAAGGAGGAAACAACAACAACGGAGUAUGUGCUAGUUCCAAAUCCAACACCCUUCCCUCCUCAUAAGUACGGCUCCUCGACCGCCACAGUGGGGUCGAAGAUCUUUUUCAUCGGCGGCUCUAGAAAACCUUCCUCGGAUCUAUGGAUCCUCGACACCCGAACUGGGAACAUGACUCAGGGACCAAGCAUGAGCGUGCCUCGAAAAAAGUACGACGCAGCUGUGGGAGUGAUCGACGGGAAGGUAUACGUGAUCGGAGGCGGCGUCUCCAACAAAAGGUUUCACGAAGAGAUCCAGGUGGAAGUCUUUGAUCCAAAGUCUGGAACCUGGGAGCUGGCAGGGGUGGAGAACGUGCGCAAGACGUUACGGUGCGGCGCCUCGGUGGAUCGGAAGGUUUACAUGGUGGAGUCCGAGGAGACGAGUGUGUACAACCCGAGAGGAUGCGAAAGGGAACGUAUGGUUCGUAUCGUAAACGAGAGACUCUCCUCGGAACGUGGAAGAAAGGAAGCUUUAGACGAUACGGUGUGUCGCGCGUGCGUGGUGGAGGAUGUUCUCUUUGCUUUCUUUGUUAGGAGCGGGGUUAUGUGGUUUAAUACAAAGUUUAAUGCGUGGAGUAGUUUGGUCGGUCCCGAUGGGAAGAAACUGUUUAUCUCACGCGCGGAUGCGAUGUCGGAAUAUGACGACGACGGAAGGCUUGCGGUUUUGUACAUGUUGGGUGAAAAUGAAGUUGAUGAGACCUUUACCAAGAGUGUUGGUUGUAUGUUGGUUAAGCUGGAUAGAGCUGGAGAAAAGAUUUGUGGGACGAUUGAUUGGUCUGGUGUUGUGGGUGCAGUUCCGUAUUGGUUUAGUUUUCUUCAUUGUUUUACCUGUUUAUGAUUGGUUGAGAGCAAGUUGGUUGCUGCUACAUAGAAAGAAACCAACUCAGAAAAUAAUUAUCAUGUU